GUGUUUGCGGGACAUCUUACCAUGUCCAUACGUGCUGCAUUGCGCGCUGGAGGUUUAGUUGCCCUAGCUGGGGGUUCUUUUCUUCUCGGUGCCCAAUAUGGAAGCGAAUCUCCUUUCAAGAAAUUGCAUGCGGCAACCGCCAUAUCGCCAACUCCACAGUUACCGACUCUUCCAUUACUACCAACUGAAGACGCAAAACCUCUAGGAGAAUUUGGUCCAUCGAGAGCUUCGGAAAUAAUGCGAUAUGGAUUCCCAGGCUUUGACAACCUGCGAACUUUUGAGGACUUCGUGCUCUCAUAUGAUAGGAAGACAAGAACUGCACACUGGGUUGGUUAA